AUGGCCGAAAAAGACGCCAUGACGACAGAUACCGAGCUCGAAAAGCCCACCCCGCCAAGGGGCCUCUCUCCCAGCCCGAAAGACGAUACGGAUACCGUCCACACCACCAAGCCGGACACAGCAACAACAACCACAACCAAAGCCCAAAAUGGCAACAGCACAACAGCCGACCCAUUCACAACCGACACUGCCGGCCAAGACUCCGCCACCAUCAUCUACCCCACGGGCCUCAAACGCAUCCUCAUCAUCGCCUCCCUCUGUCUCGCCGUCUUCCUCGUCGCCCUCGACCAAACCAUCAUCGCCCCAGCCCUCGGCGCCAUCACCGGCGAGUUUUCCUCUGUCGGGGACAUCGGUUGGUACGGCGCCUCCUACCUGCUCACCACCACCGCCCUCCAACCCACCUACGGCUCGCUCUACCGCAUGUUCAGCGUCAAAUGGACCUACCUCGCCGCCGUCGCGGUGUUUGAGCUCGGCAGUUUGGUGUGCGCCCUCGCGCCGACGAGUAAUGCCUUCAUCGUUGGCCGCGCGGUCGCUGGUAUGGGUACCGCGGGCUUGUUUUCGGGAGGCGUGGUCAUCUUGUCGUAUACGCUGCCGUUGCGGGUGCGGCCGCUGGGGUUUGGGAUGAUUGGCGCGAUGUGGGGGAUUGCGAGCGUGGCUGGGCCGUUGUUGGGCGGUGCUUUCACGGAUCAUGCGACGUGGCGGUGGUGUUUCUAUGUGAACUUGCCUAUCGGCGGGGCGGCGAUGCUGGCGAUUUUCUUGUUUUUGCAUAUCAACCAGACGCGGAGACCGCAGGACCAGGGGUUGAGUGUGGUGCAGCGGAUUUUGAGUUUGGAUUUGCUAGGCACGGCGAUGCUAGUGCCAGCGAUUGUGUGUUUGCUGCUGGCGCUGCAGUGGGGGGGUACCGAGCACCCCUGGAAUAGUUCGGUGGUGAUCGGGUUGUUUGUGGGGUUUGGGCUGAUGGCGAUUGCGUUUGUCGCGAUUCAGAUCUGGAAGGGUGAUAGGGGCACGUUGCCGCCGCGGUUGUUUAAGAACCGCGACGUGGUCUGCGCCAUGAUGUUUGCCUUUUUCUUUGGUGCUGCCUUCUUCCCGCUGGUCUAUUAUCUGUCCCUCUACUUCCAAGCCAUCCAAGGCGACACCGCAGUCCAGGCCGGUAUCAAGCUGCUCCCGUUGCUCAUCUCCGUCGUCAUCACCUCAGUCGCCUCCGGCGGCCUGAUCACCGCAGUCGGCUACUACAACCCCUUUGUCCUCCCCAGCAUGGUGCUCUUCACCGUAGGCGCAGGCAUGAUCACCACCUUCACCCUCGACAGCCCCUUGCGCGUCUGGUUCGGGUACCAAGUCAUCGCCGGCCUCGGCAUAGGCGUCGGCUUCCAAACGGGCGUCCUCGUAGUCCAAAACAGCGUCUCGCACGAAUGGAUCCCCCAAGCGACCGCCUGCGUACAAUUCUUCCAAUCCAUGGGCGGCGCCAUCUUCAUCGCCGUCGCGCAAUCCGUCUUCCAAAACGGUCUCACCACCGGCGUCCAACACAACACGCCGCAAAUCCCGGCCGAAAUCUUCAUCCACAGCGGUGCGUCCCAGAUCCGUCAGGUGCUGGCCCAGCUGCACGCCGAGGAUAAACUGAGGGAUGUGUUGGCUGCUUACUUGGAUGGGUUGAGGGGAUCGUAUUUUAUUACGGUGGGGUGUGCGGCUGCGGCGUUUGCGGCGGCGUGUGGGUUGAGUUGGAAGAAGAUUCAAAAGAGGGGGGCGGCGCCUAAGAAUGAGCCAGAUGCGGUGGAAAAGGGGGAGGUGGGUGGGGAGAUUGCAGCAAAGGAGACUGAACACUAG